UGUGAACGCGCGCGUGUUGUCAAAAGACUGCAAACGCCGCGACGGGCGCAUUCCACUCGGUGCAAAAAGCACGCAUAGUAAUUUUGCGCGUUCGGGGGACUUUGGGGUCUCUUUUGGACAUUUUUGGGAGGGAUGUCAAGUGCCAGCUGAGCUGAGCUUAGGAGCGAGUGCCGCUCGGGGGGCUCUUCUUUUCCCCUCCCCGGUCGGGUCCGGUGCGGUGUUUGUAGAAUUUUUUUCUGGGUAAAGAGUUGUCUUUUCUGGUCUAAAAUUGGCUCCCGUCCAAACCGCCGCGUUGGAUCCGUCGGCGUACUGCGAGACUCCGGUGUACAACCCGGAUCUCUGCCCCAACAUGAUCGCCGCGCAGGCCAAGCUGGUGUACCACCUGAACAAGUACUACAACGAAAAGUGCCAGUCGCGCAAGGCGGCCGUGUCCAAGACCAUCCGCGAGGUGUGCAAGGUGGUAUCGGAUGUUCUAAAGGAGGUGGAGGUGCAGGAGCCGCGCUUCAUCAGCUCCCUGAGCGAGAUGGACAACCGCUUCGAGGGCCUGGAGGUGAUCUCGCCCAGCGAGUUCGAGGUGGUGCUCUACCUCAACCAGAUGGGCGUCUUCAACUUCGUGGACGACGGCUCGCUCCCCGGCUGCGCCGUGCUGAAGCUGAGCGACGGCCGCAAGCGCAGCAUGUCGCUGUGGGUGGAGUUCAUCACGGCGUCGGGCUACCUGUCGGCGCGUAAAAUCCGCUCGCGCUUCCAGACGCUGGUGGCGCAGGCGGUGGACAAGUGCAGCUACCGCGACGUGGUGAAGAUGGUGGCGGACACCAGCGAGGUGAAGCUGCGCAUCCGAGACCGCUACGUGGUGCAGAUCACGCCCGCGUUCAAGUGCACGGGCAUCUGGCCACGCAGCGCCGCGCACUGGCCGCUGCCGCACAUCCCUUGGCCGGGGCCCAACCGCGUGGCCGAGGUCAAGGCGGAGGGCUUCAACCUGCUCUCCAAGGAGUGCUACUCGCUCAACGGCAAGCAGAGCUCGGCCGAGAGCGACGCCUGGGUGCUGCAGUUCGCCGAGGCCGAGAACCGGCUGCUGCUGGGCGGCUGCCGCAAAAAGUGCCUGUCGGUGCUCAAGGCGCUGCGCGACCGGCACCUGGAGCUGCCCGGCCAGCCGCUCAACAACUACCACAUGAAGACGCUCGUCUCCUACGAGUGCGAGAAGCACCCGCGAGAGGCCGACUGGGACGAAAACUGCCUGGGCGACCGCCUCAACGGGAUUCUAUUGCAGCUCAUCUCUUGCUUGCAGUGCCGCCGAUGCCCGCACUACUUUCUGCCCAACCUCGACCUCUUCCAGGGAAAGCCGCACUCGGCGCUGGAGAACGCCGCCAAGCAGACGUGGCGCCUGGCCCGAGAGAUCCUCACCAACCCCAAGAGCCUGGAGAAACUCUGAGGUAACCCUCCAACUUGAUCGACACCCGAUUUCCAACCGAGGGACAUUUUUUUUCAUAAUUAAAAAAAAAAGAAAAGAAAAUCAAGGUUUUCGUUAUUAAACCUUUGACAAGACUUGAAAUUCGCGUGUACAUUUGAUACUGUAAAUGUGUUGAUAUGUGUUCGUGUUUUUUCUUUCUUCACCAACACGGAAAAAAACCCCAAGAAAUUAAUUUAUACUCUAUUUGUUUUUGCAAAGUUUACAUUUGAGUGUAAAACAAAGAUACAUUCCAUCGAUUUACUUGAAGUUUUAAUUUAAAUGACAUUUUUAUUGGCUGUUGUUUUCCUCGAAAAUGUCACCUUUUGUUUUGGAAAUGGCAAUUUAUAUGAAAAGAGAAAAUCUAUAUCAUUGAGGAAAAGAAAUGCACUUGAAAUACACUGGAUUAGAACAUCUGUGAUUUUUUUUUUUUUUUUUUUUAAUGUCAUUCACUUAAUUUAAAGAGCUAAUAAAGCAACUGUUAUAUAUA